AUGGUGAAGUUCACAGCUGAAGAGCUUCGUAGGAUUAUGGACUACAAGCAUAACAUUCGUAACAUGUCUGUUAUUGCUCAUGUCGAUCAUGGAAAAUCCACUUUGACUGAUUCUCUUGUGGCUGCUGCUGGUAUCAUCGCCCAAGAAGUUGCUGGUGAUGUCCGUAUGACCGACACCCGUGCUGACGAGGCGGAACGUGGUAUCACCAUCAAGUCCACCGGAAUCUCCCUUUACUAUGAAAUGACCGAUGCAGCCCUCAAGGCCUUCAAGGGAGAAAGAAAUGGAAACGAGUACCUCAUCAAUCUCAUUGAUUCCCCCGGACACGUUGACUUUUCCUCAGAAGUCACUGCUGCCCUUCGUAUCACUGAUGGUGCUCUCGUGGUUGUUGACUGUAUCGAGGGUGUUUGUGUCCAAACCGAAACCGUCCUUCGUCAAGCUCUCGGAGAAAGAAUCCGACCCGUUUUGACUGUCAACAAAAUGGACCGAUGUUUCCUUGAACUUCAAGUCGAUGGUGAAGAAGCGUAUCAAACUUUCCAGAGAGUUAUUGAAAACGCAAAUGUCAUCAUGGCUACUUAUGAGGACCCACUUUUGGGUGAUGUCAUGGUGUACCCCGAGAAAGGUACAGUCGCGUUUUCAGCCGGGCUCCACGGGUGGGCGUUUACUUUGACUAAUUUCGCCAAAAUGUACGCUUCCAAAUUUGGUGUUGAUGAGGCAAAGAUGAUGGAGAGGCUUUGGGGUGAGAACUACUUUGACCCAAAAACCAAGAAGUGGACUACAAAGAGCACUGGAACAGCUACCUGCAAACGUGGGUUUGUUCAGUUUUGUUAUGAACCCAUUAAGCAGAUUAUCAACACUUGCAUGAAUGACCAGAAGGAUAUCUUGUGGCCUAUGUUGGCGAAACUUGGUGUCACCAUGAAAGGAGAAGAGAAAGAGUUGAUGGGAAAGGCUUUGAUGAAGCGUGUGAUGCAGACAUGGCUUCCAGCUGCUACUGCUUUACUUGAAAUGAUGAUAUUUCAUUUGCCUUCACCACAUACUGCUCAGAGAUACCGUGUGGAGAAUCUUUAUGAAGGUCCUUUGGAUGAUCAGUACGCGAAUGCCAUCAGAAACUGUGACCCCGAUGGUCCUCUCAUGCUUUAUGUAUCCAAGAUGAUUCCCGCAUCCGACAAGGGUCGGUUUUUCGCUUUCGGGCGUGUGUUCGCGGGUCGGGUUUCCACCGGUUUGAAGGUCCGGAUCAUGGGUCCGAAUUACGUCCCGGGCGAGAAGAAAGAUCUGUAUGUUAAGAGUGUUCAGAGAACCGUUAUCUGGAUGGGAAAGAAACAAGAAACUGUGGAAGAUGUUCCUUGUGGAAACACAGUCGCUCUUGUCGGUUUGGAUCAGUUUAUUACCAAAAAUGCCACUCUAACUAAUGAAAAGGAAACCGAGGCUCACCCUAUUCGUGCCAUGAAGUUUUCAGUGUCUCCGGUUGUCCGUGUUGCAGUCCAGUGUAAGGUUGCGUCUGAUUUGCCAAAAUUGGUUGAAGGUCUUAAGCGAUUGGCUAAAUCCGAUCCUAUGGUUGUGUGUACAAUUGAAGAAUCCGGUGAACACAUUAUUGCUGGUGCUGGUGAGCUCCAUUUGGAAAUCUGUUUGAAAGAUUUGCAAGAUGACUUCAUGGGUGGAGCUGAAAUUGUUGUAUCUGACCCGGUUGUGUCUUUCCGUGAAACUGUUUUGGAGAAAUCUUCACGCACUGUGAUGAGCAAAUCCCCCAACAAACACAACCGUUUGUACAUGGAAGCGCGUCCAAUGGAGGAAGGGUUGGCAGAAGCCAUCGACGAAGGGCGUAUUGGUCCACGUGACGACCCAAAGGUCCGAGGAAAGAUUCUCUCAGAAGAAUUCGGUUGGGACAAGGAUCUUGCCAAGAAGAUCUGGUGUUUUGGACCUGAAACAACUGGCCCCAACAUGGUUGUUGACAUGUGUAAGGGAGUCCAAUACUUGAACGAAAUCAAGGAUUCGGUUGUUGCUGGUUUCCAAUGGGCAUCAAAGGAAGGUGCGUUGGCUGAAGAGAACAUGAGAGGUAUCUGUUUUGAAGUGUGUGAUGUUGUGCUCCAUGCUGAUGCGAUCCAUCGUGGUGGUGGACAAGUUAUCCCGACUGCCAGACGUGUGAUCUACGCGUCUCAGCUGACCGCAAAACCGCGGUUGUUGGAGCCGGUUUACUUGGUGGAAAUUCAAGCACCGGAGCAGGCGCUUGGUGGAAUCUACAGUGUGCUGAAUCAGAGGCGUGGGCAUGUGUUUGAGGAGAUGCAGAGGCAAGGGACACCUUUGUACAACAUUAAAGCGUAUCUCCCUGUGGUUGAGUCUUUUGGGUUUUCUGGUGCUUUGAGGGCUUCGACUUCAGGUCAAGCUUUCCCUCAGUGUGUGUUUGAUCAUUGGGAUAUGAUGGGGUCGGAUCCUUUGGAGGCUGGGUCCCAGGCAACGGAUUGGAGAGUGAGGUGGGGGCUUUAUUACAACAAUCGGUGCGAGUGA